CCAACAUCACGGUGGCAAUCAAAAUUCUGAUGCGUUGCAAGAGUCUCGAAAUAGUCCUCAUUGGAAGCAACUUUCUGCAUGAGAGAUUGCCGAAUGAUGUUGACAUAGUUGGUUUUGAAAAUCUUCGACUCUUGGGUAUUGCUACAUGCCAACUUACUGGUCAAUUGCCUAUGUGGCUAUCUAUGCUCAAGAAGCUAGAAAUUCUGGCACUAAAUGGUAAUCGUAUCACAGGUUCAAUUCCAGGAUGGUUGUCGACCCUUCCGAGGCUCAGGUCUUUACAAUUGUCUCACAACCUCAUAUCGGGUGAAUUCCCUAAGGAACUUUGUGCAUUGCCCGCAUUAGUAUCAGCACAGGUUUAUCAACGAGACAAUGAUUCUUUGCUUUUACCGAUUUAUUACUUAGAAAAUAAUGAGCUUCGCCAGUACAGCUCCCUCUCCUACUUUUACCCGCGAUUAUCGUUAGAUAAUAAUAGUCUUAGUGGCAGUAUCCCCAUUGAAAUUGGACGUUUGAAAUUGCUUCGAGCACUACAUCUUGGUCAUAACAGCUUCACAGGGAACAUUCCAGACCAAAUAUCAGAACUUACAAACUUGGAAGAGCUAGACCUCUCAGCAAAUCAGUUAUCUGGUGAAAUACCAGCAUCACUUGCUCGUCUGCAUUUCUUGGCUACGUUUAGUGUAGCUAACAAUAAUCUCCAUGGGCGAAUACCCUCGGGCACUCAACUCCAAGGUUUUGAUACAUCUACAUAUGAGGGGAAUCUUAGACUUUGCGGCACCCCACUUCCUCGUUGUGACCAUACUACUAAUGGCAACGAAGACAAAGACAUCCAGAAUGAGAAAGAUGGACGUACAACUCCAUGGUUUCAUAUUACUGCGAUGUUUGGCUUCAUUACAGGAUUUUGGGCGGUUUGUGGUCCUUUGGCUUUGAAUCGUAAUUGGAGAGAUUCAUAUUUCCGAUACCUAAAUAACUUAAAAGACCAACUCUAUGGGGCAUUCGCAGUGUCUUUGGCCAAAAGGAGAUGAGGGGUAUGAGCAGAAGGAACCAGCCCCACCUGAGGAGUGAUGGCUUGGGACAUUACCCGUUACUUGUUGUUGGACCUUUGUAUUUAUUUAUUUUAUUUCAGCCGGAUGACUGUAUUAACCUCUUGGAGGACUUUG